CGUAAGCAGGUGCAUUCUUAAUAAAUUAAAAAUAUGGAAUCUCUAUUAUUAUCUGUGUUAAUGACUAUACUUGUGCCGUUGGGAAUCGGCAUUUUGUUAGUAUAUAUAAUUUUUAAACGAAGAUACACGUAUUGGGACAACUUCGACAUUGCUGUAAAACGCCCUCAGUUUCCUUAUGGAAGUCUGGGAAAUCCAUUCAAUAAAACUGCAUCUGGACAUGUAACAGUAGCAGAUGCUUAUAAUAGUUUUAAAAGAAGCAAUCAAAAGCAUGGCGGAAUAUACGUUUAUUUUACUCCACUCUAUUUACCAGUAGAUCCAGUCAUCAUCAAGAACAUCCUUAUUAAAGACUUCAACUAUUUUUCCGACAGGGCUGCUUAUUAUAACAAAAAGCACGAUCCCUUAAGCUUCAAUUUAGUGACAGCGGGAGGUCAAGAUUGGAAAGAUAUGAGAUAUAAAUUGACACCACUUUUUACUAUAAGUAAAUUAAAACUAAUCUGUCCCUUGUUGCAAAUACAUAACGAAAGAUUCGUAAAGAAAAUAGACGAUUAUGUAAGAAGAAUGGAGCCUGCUGAGAUAAAUGAUUUGACGGGAUGCCUGACAACAGAUAUUAUUGUCAGUUGCUCACUUGGAGUAGAAUGUAACAGUAUGGAACAUCCAAACACCGAUUUUAGAAAAUUCGGAAAACGCUUAUUUCAUUUCACACCGUUUCGACUUCUGAAAGCAACAUUCACCAGAGGUUUCCCUAAAUUGGCAAGGUAUCUAGGACUGGUUGUAUUUCCGAAAGAUGUUUCAGACUUUUUUAUGAACAUUGUGGAUGAAGUUUUUGAUUAUAGAACUAAGAACAAUGCAAAAUAUAACGAUUUCUUUCAAUCAUUAAUGGAAUUGCAGAAGAACGAAACCAACGAGAGAGUAAAAAAAACUAACAUAGCAACGCAAGCACUGCUGCUAUUCACCGCUGGUUUUGAAACAACGUCGUCCACCCUAACACUUGCUAUUUAUGAACUUGGUUGUAAUCUUGAAAUACAAGAGAAGCUGCGCAAAGAGGUGUCUUCGGUUUUGGAAAAACAUAAUGGAAAAUUGUCUUACGAGGCUCUUAUGGAAAUGGAAUACCUUGACAGAGUAACGGACGAAACAUUAAGAAAGUAUCCGUCCCUCCCCAUAUCGAUCAGAAAAUGUAUACAAGAUUAUCGCGUAGAAGGCACCAAUUUGGUUAUCCAAAAGGGAGUAAAAGUAUGCAUAUCAAUUUUGGGUAUACACAGGGAUCCAGAAUAUUAUCCAGACCCGGAGGUAUUCGAUCCUGAACGAUUUACUGAAAUAAAUAAAAGUAAACGACCUCCUUGCACGUAUUUGCCAUUUCUGGAUGGACCCCGCAAUUGCAUAGGUUAUUGUUUACAAAGUAGAGUUAGUUCAGAAUCUCAUGAAUCUUGACCUUUGUUCCAUUCCUGGCGGUAUAUAUUGUACAAUAUGAAUGCAAUAAGGUCAGUCUAUUGCACAGGUGAUGACAUGAGAUUUUGAACUAUAGUCAUUAUAUCAUUGGGAGAUUGCAUGUGAAGUAACGAUACAUUUCCUUAUUCCCCUUCCCUCCGCCAGGUCCAAUUUCGGUACCCCUUCUGC